UUAGAAAUAGAAGUUCAAACGAGGAAGAAAGAGCUAGUUGUUUCUGGACCGCCAUUUCCGCUAUCUCUCAGAGCUUUUUCAGAGUAAAAAUGGAGCUGAGAAAUCUAAUACUAGUAUCUCUUCGGUCAUCAUACAUCCUGUGUUUGAUCCACAUUGCCCUGCUCUUCCGUUCUACUUACGCCGCAGACCCAACUGCUAACUUUGAUUUGGAAUACUCUUAUAUUACUGUGUCACCAUUGGGAGUAUCUCAGCAGGUUAUUGCUGUUAAUGGGAAAUUUCCUGGUCCAAUUCUGAAUGUCACAACUAAUUAUAAUGUUGUGGUGAAUGUUAAGAAUAAGCUGGACGAAACCCUCCUUGUUACAUGGUCAGGGGUUCAAAUGCGUAGAGUCUCAUGGCAAGAUGGUGUUCUUGGUACAAACUGCCCAAUCCCUGCAAAAGGGAGCUGGACAUACCAAUUCCAAGUUAAGGAUCAGAUUGGUAGCUUCUUUUACUUCCCAUCGCUUAAUUUUCAGAAAGCAUCCGGUGGAUUUGGCCCUCUUAUCAUCACAAAUCGUGUCAUAAUUCCUCUGCCUUUUGCUAUCCCCGAUGGAGAUAUUGUCCUAAUGAUUGGUGACUGGUACACUCGCAAUCACAUGGAACUAAGGACAGCUCUUGAUGAUGGGAAAGACCUUGGCAUGCCAGAUGGUGUUCUCAUUAAUGGAAAAGGGCCUUACAGAUAUAAUACUUCUCUUGUUCCAGAUAACAUUGCAUAUGAAACCAUUAAUGUUGAACCUGGAAAAGCAUAUAGAAUAAGAGUGCACAAUGUUGGUGUAUCGACUUGUUUGAAUUUCCGAAUUCAGAACCAUAACCUCCUACUGGCAGAAACAGAGGGAUAUUACACAUCACAGCAAAACUACUCGAGCGUGGACAUUCAUGUUGGGCAGUCUUACUCCUUUUUGGUAACGAUGGAUCAGAAUGCAAGUAGCGAUUAUUACAUUGUAGCGAGUGCUAGGUUUGUUAACCAAACGGUUUGGCAAAGGGUCACUGGUGUUGCCAUUUUGCACUAUUCAAAUUCUAAGGGAAAGGCAUCUGGUCCUCUACCGGACGCAACAAAUGACGUUUAUGAUACUUCUUAUGCAAUCAAUCAGGCUAUGUCGAUCAGGCAAAAUGUAACGGCAAGUGGAGCUCGCCCAAACCCACAAGGUUCAUUUCAUUACGGUUCAAUUAAUGUGACAAAUACAUACAUCUUGCAAAGCUUGCCCCCUACAGUGAUUGAUGGGAAAGUUCGAGCAACUUUUAAUGGAAUUUCAUUUGUGCAACCCGAUACACCGAUCAGGUUGGCUGACAAGUUUAACGUGAAGGGUGCGUAUAAAGCUGAUUUCCCAAGUAAGCCAUUGUCUGGACCAGCUCGAAUGGAUCGUUCUGUUAUUAACGGGACGUACAAGGGAUUCAUAGAGAUCAUAGUUCAGAAUAAUGAUACAGUUGUGCAGAGUUUCCAUAUGGAUGGCUAUUCAUUUUUCGUUGUUGGGAUGUCGUAUGGUAUAUGGACGGAGAACAAUAGGGGAUCGUAUAAUAGAUGGGAUGCAAUAUCUCGGUCUACAACACAGGUCUUUCCUGGCGGAUGGACUGCAGUUCUUGUUUCCCUUGAUAAUUCGGGGGCGUGGAAUCUUAGAGCAGAGAAUCUGGACAGAUGGUAUUUGGGACAAGAAACAUACAUAAGGAUAGUAAAUCAAGACGAAGACAACACAACCGAGUUUGGUGCACCUGAUAAUGUUCUUUACUGUGGUGCCCUUUCUUCUAUGCAGAAGAGGACCCAACACUCAAAUUCUCCAUUAUCAACAACCCUCUUUGGACAAGCAAGCAUGUAUUUUAUGCCACUUUUUGCAGGAUUAUUAAUGUUGCUCUAAACUCUGAAGUUGAUUUAUUUGUUUUUUUUUCCUUCAUAGUUGUAAGUGUUUAGGUUUGAACAGGAAGAAGAAGAAGAGAUGAGAUUAUUCUAUAGGACAGACAGCUUCUUUUGAGAUUAUUCAAUAGGGUUUAAUUGGGAAAUGUUCUCAUGUAUUAUCAAAAUUGCAAUGAAAUUUUAUUUAUGUAUUGGAUUGGUUGUU